GGUUUAGAAGUAUGGCCUUUAAGAAUACUUUUGAUAUUCUUUCUUAAACUAAUGUCCAUUAAAAUGAAUAAGAAAACGGAGAGUAUAUGUAUGAAGACCUAGUCAAACUAUUAGAGGGUCACAAUUUCAUCAGAUUUUGGUCUUAUUUUUCACCAUUUGUUGGGGGAGAGAGGGGUACGGAAAGAAAGAGAAAGAGAGUCACUGCACUUUUUAUGUGAUGUCUUUCGUGCAUAGGAAGAGCGUGCAACCAUAGAAUGGCUGCUCUUUGAACUGACUGCUUCUCAUCUGCUGCACUCAAAACACUUUACACAAGAGAAAGACUUCACUAAAAGCCUCUCUCUCUCACACACACACACACUAAAAAACACAAGGAGAGUAUAAAAUAAUGGAGGAAACUGCAAAGGAAAGAUAAAGUUUUGGAUGUUUGGGAAUGGGUAAAAGGGUAAACUUGAGGGUAUUAUUCCUUGGGUAAAAAGGAGAGAGAUAGAGACAUGAAUUCAAGCCAAUAUGUUGUGGGAUCUUGCGCCAGCGUGGCAGGGGACAACCAAUCACUGCCUCGACGAAAUUAAGGUUACAGAACUUCUCCCCUCACUUGUAAGGGCGACCAUUGAUAGGUACAAGAAACACCAUGCUGAUUCCACCAGUCAAGGGUCUGUUUCUGAAGCUAACACUCAGUAUUACCAGCAAGAAGCAGCCAAACUGCGACGACAAAUACGAGAUAUACAGACUUAUAACAGGCAAAUAGUUGGAGAGGCCCUGAGCAGUUUAAGCCCUAGGGACCUAAAGAAUUUGGAAGGGAAACUUGAGAAGGCCAUUGGUAGAGUCCGUUCCAAAAAGAAUGAAUUGCUCUUCUCAGAAAUUGAGCUCAUGCAAAAGAGGGAGAUUGAUCUGCAGAAUGCCAACAUGUAUCUACGAGCAAAGAUAGCGGAGGUAGAGAGAGCACAACAGCAAAUGAACUUGAUGCCAGGAGGAUCUGAAUACAAUCAGCAGCAGCAGCCAAUGACUACUUCUCAGAAUUAUAACGAUGCUCGCAACUUCCUGCCUGUAAAUCUGCUGGAACCUAAUCCCCAUUACUCUCGCCACGACGACCAAACUGCUCUCCAGCUUGUCUGAUAUAUUGGAGGGCUCUACUAUCAAGUUUUCUGAAUUUGGGUGAGGGGUCUUCCUUCAUCUUCAGAAACGUCACUCCAAUUUUAACCUAUAGUUGUAAAUCAUCAGAACUAUCACCACUGAGAUUUUAACUGUUUAUUUUCAAGCAUUCAGUCAUCUGUUAAUUAAGGAAUGAAAUCUUGUUUGAUGUUGCCUUUUACUCUUACAGGCUUUCUAUAAAUGCUAUAAACUGUUGUAUGGCAACCUAGUGAUAAUUUUUAAAACUAGCUAUUAAUCUCUUCA